AGUCAGGAAGAUGAUGCAAAAUAGUGAACCAUUCAGUCGUGUUGAACUGUAUUUGCGUUUACACCACCAAAGUGUCGCGUGUGUCUGUGACGCAAAGCGCUGCACCGUGGUGGGGUGAGUUGCGAAGCGGAGCAUUGAAAUUCAGAGUUUCAAAAAUAUCGCACCGCGGAGCAUUUCUGGCACAUCGUCACGAUCAUUUCGUGAUCUUCUCGCGCAUACGAUCCUGACCACAGCGCACCCAGCUGUUUGCACGAGGUCGUUCAAUUUCCCACCUUUUCUCACUGCGCGGACCUGAUCUGCGAGCACACCCGCAUUGUUCAGUGUGUACAUACCGUUGAAGAGUCAUCGCUGGGCAGAACCUCAGUCGACAUGGCCGACGAGGAGGCGCAAACGAACGGCGAGACCGGGCUCGAUCUACUUCAGGCCCGACAGGUCCUGUUGGCAAACUCGGCCAAGCAGCGCGUAGCAGAGCUGAAUGAUAUUCACGAAAGGCUUACAAGACAAGACAUUCCACUCGCACAAAUACUUCCUUUUCUGAACAUAUUAUUCGAUAUUUACCCGCUUUACGUUGACGACCGAUCACGACAUGCCGUGGAGAGCUGCUUGACCACAAUUGCCAGCUUACCUACCGCAUCUGCUCAUACCACCAAAUUUGCCGAAGUAUUGGAAAAGGAAUCUACCAAAGUCGGGAUUGCACCGGGAAAUGCCUUUGUGCUUAUAAGAUGGAGCUCGUUAUUGAUACAAGUCUCAGCCGAGAAGAAAGAGUUUUGGGAAUCAUGGGGAGCUAGGUCAAUAUCAACACUGAGCAAUGCUUCAGUGAUUCUCUACUCAUCCGAGCCGAAAGACAGCACACGCUCCACCGCUCUACGCGUGAGUCGACGUGCAUUUAGAACCCUGGUCAAAGCACCAUUUGGUGCCGAUGCGAUUGGUGAUGUUAUUGAAUCUUUGACCAAAAAGGCUGCUGGGCCCUGCCCCCGUAAUGCUAUUCCCCUCGGCAUCAUCGCAGGAGUUUGCAGCCGAGUCUCUGGAAAGGCAGCUGUGGUAGAAGAGAAGAAGUCCGAUUACAUUGCAUUCUACCUUCGCGAAAUACUUGGUUCUCGCACUCCGCUGCCAGCACACAUCGCAGACGGCUUGAAAGACUUCUUUGCAUCAUACGUUUCAGUCGCAGACUUGAGCCAGGAAAUUAUUCCCUCGGUGGAGAAGGCACUUCUGAGAUCGCCCGAAAUCGUCUUAAACGACCUCGUUUCCCCGCUGUUCGCUGCACUUCCGGACAGCGUCGACCUUUCUGGCAUAUUGGCAAAUAACCUUUUAAAACCUCUUCUGGCAAAUACGAAAUCUUCCAACGCAAGCACCCGGGAGGGUGCUGUGCGAACAUUCAGACUUCUUGCGACACGAUCAUACGAUGAUGCUCUUAUCGAAAAGGCCGCGGACGAAAUUCUCGGGCCACUCAAGGGCAAUAAAAUCACUGCGGCCGAUCAGCGUCUUCUACAGGCGGAGAUGCUAUCUGCGUUCAAACCAUCAGCUCCUCUAGCCACCAAGAUUCUGCAAGGCUUGAAUGCAUUAUCCUUGAAGGAAACAAAUGAGCCUGCAGCCUCUGCGCUGCUCAGCACGCUCGGGACGUAUCUACAAUAUGCGCUGCAAAACGAUGUGAAGGUGGAGGCUGCCACGAUCGACACAUUCGCCAAAGGAGUGGCUGACAAACGAGCACCAAUGCGCCGUAUUUGGGCUUUGCAAUUCGCAGAAUGCCUGUGGCAAUUGAAGGAGAAGGAUUUGAGCAAUGGAAGCCUAGCCAUCAUCACCGAUGCAUGCAUUGGCAAGCUUGUCGAAAGUUUCAAUGAUGCUGUAGCGAACCCAAUUCCUGCAUUGCAAGCUGGCCAGGUACCUAUAGCAUGUGCCACCAGCGCUCUGUGCAUCUCAAGACUUGCCUCAAUACCAGAUCUGAAAAACUCUGCAGCGAUAAAGAAAGCGGGACUUCUUGAAAAAGCAUUGACUAUAGAGCCGAAACCUUCAUUUUUGUUAAACCCAAGAAUAUACACGAAGCUGGCAUCCGCAGACGAUCUAACCUGGCUUCUACGUGCACUGACCAGCACAUUCCCAGGACUACCGAAAGACUCAAAGGCCGCAUCAUCUGUCGCGUGGGCUCAGGCGAUGAUCUUUCUGCUGGUGUCAAGUAGUGUCCCUCCAAAAGUGCGGCGAGAAGCCACCACAGCUCUCAGCCUCUUAUACCAUGCCAGUCGGAGUCAGGUCUCAAGCGUGGUCAUAGCUGGCUUAUGGCAAUGGUGUGAAGAUGUUGAGUUAGAAGCUAAAGAAAGUGCUGCGCUUGCGUCAAAAACGGGCCGCGAGGAACUCUACAAGGUGAUUCGCGCCAUUUGCUCAGAUCCUCCAUCAGAGGCGACUCCAGCUGUUGAUCCGCAAUCCUUGGAAGAGCAGUACAGAAGUCUGCACAUUCUAUGCCGAUCUCAGCUAAUACCCAAAGCGCCUUGGAUAGAACUGGCCAGACGAAUAUGGAAUGAUCUUAGUGUCAUCGUAAAGACGGGCGCUCAGGACUACCUUUCCAGGAUCAUUUUCGUUACGGAAAAUCCAGCUUGGAAGGAGUUGUCUUCGUUUCACGACGCCGCACACGCUGCCGCCGCCGAGCUGGUUUUCGUUGCUCCGAGCAUCAUGACCCCGCUUGUUGUUGCUCAGAUUACAUCCGAUCUCGACGCGAAACAAUUAGACGACAUCGGCCCCACCGAGGCGGCCAUCUAUCGAACUCCCGAGGGCACCGCGUUCAUUGACGUACUAUCAAAGCAGUCACAAACGCAGCAGAUAAGUAAGACAGACAAAGACUACGAUCUGUUGAAAUGGGAAGAAGAGCUCAGGGCCCAGAUUGCUCAGAAGAAAGGACAAGCCAAGAAGCUUACUCCAGAGGAGCAAUCUAAGGUCAAGGCGCAGCUCGCUAAAGAAGCAGCCAUUCGGCAGCAGGUUGCAGAGCUCGAGGCUAGGCUGCGACGUGGCAUUGGGAUCAUCGUGUGUCUCACCAAGGGGCCGGUCAUCGAAGGUGGUGAUGGGCCCUGGUUUGGACCUUCCGUCAAACUUCUCUUUGACGUUGUCGAAGCUGGUGCUGGUCUGAUUCUCGGCAAUGCACCUGCAUUAGGAUAUUUGAAAUGCUCAGAGAAGACCGACGGCAUUCUGGGCUCAUUGCGUCCUUUUGUUGGCGUUGCAACGCUACGUGCAGCCGGAAUCACUAUCCUCCCGGAGAAUCUACUCGCAGAACCACUUGGUGAUUUGAUCACGAGAGUUAUGUACCGACUUCGCUUCCUCGGAGAGAGGAAACCAUUUGACCCUGUCACUUUGAGCUACAUUCUUGCACUGGUGUUCCUCGUCUUGGAGUCUGGCGGCAUUGACCGAGAGGCUAGUGAAGAAGCAGACGAGCAAAUUGUCCUCGCCAUCGAAUUUCUUUCCUUUCACACACGGACAUGCACAGAUACGAAGCUUCCGCGACAAAAGCUGUUCACAACAUUGAUUGCUUCCAUGCAGCGAUAUACCCAGCAUUUCCGACCUUGCAGAGACUGUUUUUCAGACCUCUGCGAGAACAUCUCGGAGAACAUCAAUGAAGUCGAGACAGAUACAGUUGUCAAGGGCUCGAUAGUCCCUGACAUAUCCGUUCGCAACGCUGUGCUUCAAGCCAUCAGUGAUCAUCUCUUCCUCUCAGAUCGGGAGUUCUACGAAGAAAUCUGGCUCGCCUCAUACGACGACGACGAACAAAACGCAAGCAUCGCGCAGGAGAUCUGGGCGGAGCAUAAGCUGGUCAUUGUCAAAUCUGCUGCAAUACAGUGCCUUCCUUACCUACAGUCAAAGGACUCUCAACUACGACGUGCCGCGGCACGUGCUGUGGCGGCGGCGGUACAGCAACACCCCGAGACGUUCACCGAAGUACGACUAAAGCUAGAAGAGAACUACGUGGAAUUUGCCAGAGCUAGAAAGCAACGACUUGAUCGUUACGGUAUGCCAAUCAAACAGGACCUCGCCGACCCGUGGGAAGCAAGACACGGGUUUGCGUUGGCAUUCAAGGAGUUGGCUCCAAUAUUCCCAUCUGAGCAGCUGAUCGAAUUCAUGGGCUUCCUGGUUGAGAAAGGGCCUUUGAGCGAUAAGAGCACUUCUGUACGCGAUGCAAUGGUUGAUGCGGCGACGACCAUCGUGGCACUGCGUGGUAUGACACAGGUCGAGCCGCUGAUGAAGUCAUAUGAGACCACGCUCCAAGCCUCUAGCAGUAGCCAGCAGGCUCAAGAAGAUUUGGUCAACGAAGCUGUCGUUAUCCUGUACGGUGCCCUGGCUCGCCAUCUUCCGAAAGGUGAUGCCCGCAUGGCGAAGGUCGUCAAUCGGCUUUUGUCCACCCUCAGCACUCCUUCUGAAUCUGUUCAAUAUGCUGUCGCCAUGUGUCUGCCUCCACUGGUGAAAGCCUCUAGUGACCAAGCAAAUGAGUAUUUGCAACAGAUGGUCGAGGAGAUGCUUCAUGCGAAGAAAUAUGCCGCGAGACGUGGAGCAGCUUACGGUCUUGCUGGUAUCGUGAAGGGCAAAGGAAUCUCAUUGCUUAAAGACAGCCGCUUAUUGUCGACGCUGCGAAGUGCCGCCGACAAUAAAAAGGAUCCCAACGAGCGACAGGGAGCCUUCCUUGCUUUUGAGCUGCUGUCACUAAUGCUAGUCCGCAUCUUCGAGCCUUACGUCAUUCAAAUCGUGCCACAGCUGCUGGCUGGUUUUGCGGAUACCAGUGCUGAUGUUCGAAUGGCGUGUCUGGACGCCGCAAAGACAUGUUUCUCUUCCUUGAGCUCGUACGGUGUUAAACAAGUCUUGCCAAUUUUGCUCGAGGGUCUUGAUGAUCAGCAGUGGCGAAGCAAGAAGGGUGCCUGUGACUCUCUGGGUGCCAUGGCGUACCUCGACCCGCAACAGCUAGCGAUCAGUCUCCCAGCGAUCAUCCCGCCCCUCACGGAGGUCCUAAAUGACAGUCACAAAGAGGUUCGUGGAUCUGCCAACAAGAGUCUACAGCGAUUCGGAGAGGUCAUCAGCAAUCCUGAAGUGAAGAGUCAGGUCGGUAUUGUACUCAAGGCACUGAGUGAUCCGACCAAAUACACCGACGAUGCCCUGGACGCACUCAUCAAGGUCAACUUCAUUCAUUACUUGGAUGCACCUUCGCUGGCUCUCGUUGUUCGCAUUUUAGAACGUGGCCUCGGCGAUAGAUCUGCGACGAAGAGGAAAGCAGCGCAGAUCAUCGGCAGUCUCGCCCAUCUCACAGAGCGCAAAGAUCUCAUCGCGCAUCUGCCCAUCUUGGUCGCGGGUCUCCGUGUCGCCAUUGUGGAUCCUGUUCCGACCACUCGUGCCACCGCAUCCAAGGCACUGGGAUCUACGAUUGAGAAGCUUGGCGAGGAUGCGCUGCCAGACCUUAUCCCAAGCCUCAUGUCCACCCUCAAGUCAGACACUGGUGCUGGUGAUCGUCUUGGUUCCGCACAAGCACUCAGUGAAGUCCUGGCAGGUCUUGGUACGGGUCGCUUGGAGGAGACUCUUCCUACCAUCCUGCAGAAUGUUUCGAGCUCCAAGGCUUCAGUGCGCGAGGGCUUUAUGUCUCUCUUCAUCUUCUUGCCUGCAUGCUUUGGCAACAGCUUCGCCAACUACCUCUCCAAGAUCAUUCCACCGAUUUUGUCUGGACUUGCCGAUGAUGUGGAGUCAAUCCGUGAGACAGCGCUUCGUGCGGGUCGUCUUCUGGUCAAGAACUUCGCAGCACGUUCGGUCGAUUUGCUGCUUCCCGAGCUUGAGCGUGGUCUUGCUGAUGACAAUUACCGCAUUCGUCUCAGUUCCGUUGAGCUUGUGGGAGAUCUCCUGUUCAACCUCACGGGUAUAAGUGGUAAAGCUGAAGCCGAAGACAUGGAAGAGGGCGCGAAUGAAGCUGGCCAGUCUUUACUGGAGGUGAUUGGCGAGGAGAAGAGAAAUCGUGUUCUUUCAGCUCUGUACAUCUGUCGCUGCGACACAUCUGGUCUCGUGCGAACUUCGGCUCUGGGCGUGUGGAAGGCUCUUGUGUCAUCGCCACGGACACUGCGCGAGCUCAUUCCGACACUCACUCAACUUCUCAUUCGCCGACUUGCAAGUUCAAACAUGGAGCAGAAGGUCAUCGCUGGAAAUGCUCUUGGAGAGCUUAUUCGCAAGGCUGGCGAAGGCGUCCUUGCAACGCUGCUCCCAACUCUCGAGGAAGGUCUUCAGACCUCGACCGAUACCGAUGCCCGCCAAGGUAUCUGUAUCGCUCUCCGCGAACUCAUUACUUCAGCUGCGCCAGAAGCACUCGAAGACUACGAGAAGACACUCAUGUCGGUCGUCCGGACUGCACUUGUCGACUCAGACGAGGAUGUUCGGGAAGAAGCCGCCGAAGCAUUCGACUCUUUGCAAAAGAUCUUCGGCAAGCGUGCCGUCGAUCAAGUCCUACCUUACCUCCUCAGCUUGCUCCGCUCUGAGGACGACGCUGAGCAUGCUCUGUCCGCACUGUUGACACUGCUGACCGACUCGACUCGUUCAAACAUCAUUCUACCCAACCUGUUGCCAACUUUGAUCGCCAAACCGAUCACAGCAUUUAAUGCUCGAGCCCUCGCAUCUCUAGCAGAGGUCGCAAGCUCAUCUAUGACCAGAAGACUGAAUGUGAUCAUUAAUGCUCUCAUUGACGGAGCUUUGGAGACGAAGGAUGAGAGCCUUCACACCGAGCUUACCACUGCUGUCGACACCAUUAUCCUGUCCGUCGACGAAUAUGAUGGUCUCAACACGCUGAUGACCGGCGUCAUGCUUCCGCUUGCGAAGCACGAUGACCACCGGAAACGUGAAAUUGCCGAUCUGCAUCUCGCGAAAUUCUUCGAGGCGACAGAAGUGGACUUUUCUCGCUACUACCCAGACCUCAUCCGAGCACUUCUCAUUGCCUUCGAUGAUAGCGCUGCAGAAGUGGUGAAGGCUGCUUGGACAGCUAUGAACGCACUCACUCAGCAACUCAGGAAGGAAGAGAUGGAGUCACUUGUUACGACGACCCGAACUACCCUCAACCAAGUUGGUGUCGCGGGUCACAACUUGCCUGGAUUUUCCUUACCCAAGGGUAUCAACGCUAUCCUGCCAAUCUUCCUUCAGGGUCUCAUGAACGGAUCAGCGGAGCAGAGAACACAAGCUGCUUUGGCCAUCUCAGACUUGAUUGACCGUACCAGCCCAGAAGGACUGAAGCCGUUCGUGACCCAGAUCACAGGUCCUCUUAUUCGUGUGGUAUCAGAGCGCUCUACAGAUCUCAAGGCCGCAAUCUUACUCACGCUUAACAACCUGCUUGAGAAGAUUCCUACAUUCCUCAAGCCCUUCUUGCCACAGCUGCAACGUACAUUUGCAAAGUCUCUGGCAGAUCCCACCAGCGAGGUUCUUCGUUCCAGAGCAGCCAAGGCUCUUGGAACUCUUAUUACGAUGACGCCCCGUGUUGAUCCGCUCAUUGCCGAACUCGUGACCGGCUCCAAAACGACAGACUCUGGAGUCAGAACUGCCAUGCUCAAGGCACUAUACGAAGUCGUCAGCAAAGCGGGCGCGAACAUGAACGAAGUUUCAAGAAACUCUAUUCUGGGUCUUAUAGAUUCGGAGAGCGGCGAGGGAGAUGACGCUUUGAACAUCACUUUUGCUAAACUUCUCGGCGCACUUAUCAAGGUGCUUCCUGCAGAACCUGCUGCAAGCUUGAUCAAAUCAAGAGUGUUGUUGAACACGUCUUCUAAUUCCUCGGUGUUGGCUCUGAACGCUGUGCUCGCCGAGGCACCGGAAGCACUGAUCGACCCAUUCGAGGAACAAACAAGGACGGUCAUUGCCCAAGGCAUCAACAGCAAUCAACCAUUCAUUGCAGAUAACUCCAUCCUCGCCGCAGGAAAGUACUUGUUGACAGAAUCCAGCGACAAGAGCUACGCACCCACGAAACCCAUUCUAGAAGCUCUCGCUGGAACUCUACCCGUCGGCAAGCCCGUCGAUGCUCGCCGUCUCACCCUGGUCGUCCUCCGCACCGUUAGCCGAGAGCACAACGACCUCAUCCGCUCACAUCUCCCAACUCUCGUCCAGCCCGUCUUCCGCUGCGUACGUGAUCCCGUCAUUCCGAUCAAGCUCUCCGCCGAAGCCGCAUUCCUAGCGAUGUUCUCGGUAGUCGAAGAAGAGAGUGCUGUGUUCGAUAACUACAUGAGCGGGCCUGGAGCUAGCCUUCCCCCUGCGGAGAAGCGUAGUAUGCAAGAAUACUUCAAGCGGAUUGCGUUGAGGCUGAGCAGUCAGGCGAGGGAGAGGAAGGAGGCGGAAGGUGGACAGGGAGGCUUGGGACUCAGUAGCGAUGAGGUUGAUGAUGAGAGGGAGGUCUGGAGCAUCGGUCGGGUGGAUCUAGGAGAAGGUGCUUUUGGGGAUGAUUAGAUGAGUUCACGAUGCUGAUGCACUGAAAAUAAUAUUAUUCGACGGUUGUAUGUGCUGUCUACCAAGGAUCUUCAACAUGUGGUGAUCGUCUACGUCUCCGUUCAUGAUCGGACCGACUUGAAGUAGAUGUGUUGGUGGGUGAAGACAUAUCUGGGAGGGCAUCACAACC